AUGUUGCAGGAGGAGGGAAAGGAAGCGGGUCCCUCGAAUACCUCGAAUACCUCGAGCGUGUAUUCGCUAGGUGCUUUGCGAUGGGCUUGCAAGUACCAGGGGUACGAGAAGGGCUUGAGGUAUCCGAGGUACCUGAAGUACCUGGAGCACCUGGAGCACCUGGGACCGGUGAUCUGUGUGCUAGAGGACGAGGAGGAGGAGGAGAAGAAGAAAACACUGCUGACAUGA